UAUAUUUAUAGAAGCUUUGAACUGUUGAAGAUAUUUAUUUCAUUGCGAACCUAUUCACUUACUUGUUUGGUUUUUGGUUAAGAGUGCCCCGUUUCUGAGUGAUUUGAGGGAUGGUCAAGAAAAAGAAAAGCAAGGCAGGGAACGAUGAAAAGGAGCGAAAAUCGGUUCAAAUCUCUUCUGAAAUCACACCUUUCAUUGAUGCUGAUGAGUACUUUAGAAGACAAUAUAGGCAUGACUUUUGUUUGGAAGCAGUGCAGGAAAACAACAAAGCUUUCGCAGUAAUAAAGGAGAAAUAUGAAAGUAUUGUGAACCAAGAGGAAGAGCUGAGAAAGUGGGAAAAGUUCGUGAAUUGUGAUAGAAUCCCCGACCUGCUUUCAGCCCCUGCAAUUAGAACGUAUCUUUACCAAUGGUUCUUUGAAGAGUGGAUGCAUAUAAAUUCCACCUUCAAUUGGUUGCUGGAUGUAAAUGAACGGAGUAUCCUGACGCAGGAUAUGAGCGAACCAGAUUUGACCCGAAAGCAUUUAGAAACUAAAAUCCCUCCAAUAGAACUGAUCUGUUUUUAUCAUAUGAUGCACCAACUGGAACGAAUCCUGAAGGAGACAGAAAAACAUCACAUCAAAUCCCGAAGCGAGUUGGUGAAGGUUAAAAACGAAAUACGCAAUCGUAUCAGAAGUAGCAUCGAUAAUCUCACCUACAUGAUUUUAAUUAAUACCGAAGGGAACAUGGUUAUGAUUGAUCCCAUGUCCGAAAAAUACGCUGUGGAUUCAGAGUCAUUUAAAGUAGCUCUCUGGGCGCUUCGAAAUAUCCAAUGCGAUUUGGAAAAGCUCGAUUUAAUGGAGCUUUUCAUCGAAUUGGAGCCUAUCAAAAGCACAGUAACGAUCCCCCUCAAUGCUGCUUACAAUAAUUUGGUAAUGAGGGGACUUCAUCUGAAUUUUGACCAUCGAAGUCAGUACAGUGGAAGCUAUAAGCUGAGGCAUGCUUCGUCGGAAGUUCAAGAUUUGAAGAAAGUCUUAGCUCAAGAAUGGAGCAUACGAAAGGAGUUAGAGCAAGAAAAACUGGAUCAAAUGAAAAGGGAACGAGAACAAUAUGAAGAGGACCUAAGGACCCUUGAGGAGGACGCGAAACAGCAGGAAAGUAAUAAAAAGGAUGCGACGAAAAAAGGCAAAAUGUCGCAAAAAACCAAGCCAGCUGCAGGGAAGAAGAAAACUAAAACAUUGAUUGAGCCUCCGAUUGUUACUGACCAAACCUGCCUUGACAUGGAAAGCGAAUUUAACGAGAGAGAAGAUCGGGAAUAUCGCCAGGAAAUUAAUAUGUUACGGCCGGAAACUUUGGGAUUAGCAGAUGAUGAGAUUAAUCUUCGUGAAUACAUCAUUCUCGGUGGCGUCUAUGAGUAUAAUUUCCUUUAUAAGCCGGAACAACUUCAGAUACCGAAUGGCUACUUUAAUUCGAAGGAAGUUCCUGAAAAGCUCAAGUAUCGAGAUUUCAUCUGCCAAGUUGAAUAUGAACCAAAGCGCAGGAGAACUAAAUCAUUCAUUUUCAGAGAAUCUAGAGUUCUCACAGCGUCUGAACUUUUCCACAGUAGCACGAGAGGUUUAGAGCCGGCCAAUCUAGAUUCAAAAAAUCAGGUGGCAGUCGAAUCUUUGAUAAAAAUAACAAUCAAGUUGCCACCAAGUCUAUGCUGCUGGUGUCACCCGAAAGUUUGUAGGUGGAAUACAAAACCGGACAUGUUGGACGAUAAGUCCGACGAAGAUAAGAUGAGUUUAUUUUCAACAGUGGCGGAUACAUCGACGAGAGAACCCUAUGAAACCGAGGACAUUGACUUAGGUACAAUGGAUGGAAGGAAAAAUCUUCAUUAUAUAAUAAUGAAUCAAAUACUUCCUCGAAUGGAUUCCUUAUACAAAUUUCCUGAUGAAAUAGAAGAAGAACGGGAACGGCUUGCCGGUCUGGCCCAUGAAGCAGAACGAAUUCGCAAAGAAGCUGCAUUGGAUUCUGCUGAAGAUGAAGUGUAUACAGGAAGUGAGGCAGAAAGUAUUUCAGGAAUAACACCACAGUCACAUGUCACUCAAAUCAAAGUUGCCGCGGAAUCCACUCCACCCGCGAAUUUAUUUCCUUGUUCAAAUAAAGUUCGCGCGUUAAAAAUUAACUCAGCAGAAUUCUUAGCUGAAGAGUUCCCCGAUGAAAUAAGGAGCCUGAAUUCUUCAGAAAAGAAACUUCUAUCGCAGUAUCUUAAGGAAAUUGACGAGCAAACAGAGACCCGGAGACCAAUAUUUGUUACUUGGUGGCAAGUCAUGAGAUUGCUCAGCAAGGACAAAUCUAAGAUGGAUUCUCGGGGUGAAGCAUCUGAUACAGAGAACACAGCUCGAUCCAGGAUAGAAAUAGACAGACAUGCAAGAAAAUCAAUGAAGAAGAGCAGAGCAAGACUUAAGGCUGCAGGAAGACGUUCGGUGCCAAAAGUUUCAUUAGCUUCAAUUUCAAGCUCAGAUUCUCUUCGACGUAUAAGGAGAGGUCCAGCUUCACCUACUUCGUUGCGACCCAAAAAUUUAACUGAUGAGGAAGAAGUAUUUAGCGUGGUACAAGGACUAUGGUCUUCGCAAUAUAUUUUCAAGCAGGAAUUCGACGAGGAGAACUCCGAGAUGAUAUUCUGGACAGAUCGGUUAGGAAUUUUUGGAUUUGCAUUUAAACGAUAUCUUCACUUUCCAUUCGAAGACUGGCAAAUAUAUCCUGGCAAGGGUGGAAAAAGUGUUGUACUUGAAAUAAGAAGUCCGUUUGCCCGUUUUCUUAUUAAUGUGGCGGAGAAAGGAUACACAUCGACAGUGGUGGCUGGUGGGCAUACACAUGCGAAGAUAGGGGAACCAAUAAAUGAUUUGAAGAAAUUCAUCACGGAGAUGGAAAUGAUGGGAUUGAACAUUUUCACUAAAAGGGAUACUUGUGUGUAUUUGGAAGAUAUUGUAGACAAACACAUAUCCCUGGAAUUUCAUGUAUACCAAACUCUUAGUCAAUUUUGCCUGCAUUACAAAUUCGCCCGAUCAAAGUGGAAUUGGUUAGCCCAAAGACGGGUUAUAACUCUUAAAUGCGGGAAGUCCACGCAACAUAGCUAUGAAAUGGAUACUAUUCAAAUAACCCCAGAACAAGUGCAAUUUUGCGAAGUAAAGGAGGAAUGCACCCCGCUUGAACAGAUCAAACUGCUACACAUUCCUACAGCGAAAAACAAAAAGUUUGAGGUGAAUUUGUAUGGGUUUUUAACAUCGCACGCGUUUGGACCCCUGCCAGAACAUCAGCCCAAGGUGCAAUAUUCCCUUUUCGAGCUGCUAAAAGCCGUUCGCCCAUUGUCCUUUUCAAAAUGA